CAUUAAUGGAGGUAAGUGUUGUUGACGUGUGCCGACUUAUUUGUGCUUUUGUUUUAAUUUAACGAUUAAUGAUGAAAUAAUGAUCGAGUUUCGUCGUCGGACAUCACCGUUUAUUGGCUACGUUUUUUUAAAUGUGCGUUUAACGUAAUAAAGAAACGUGCAUCAAAAUGGAUGCCAAAUUGCAGUGUCCAAUUCACCAUAGCUUGGCCAUGGAGGCCAGAAAGGCGAUGGACGUUGGACCUCCCAGGAAGAAAAAAAAGAAUUACCGCUUCCACGAGGAAUGGGAGUAUAAAUAUUUGUUCACCGUAAUUAACGAGAAGUGUACUUGCAUGAUAUGCCGCGGAACUAUCGCCAUCAGUAAGAAGAGCAAUCUAGAAAGACAUUUCACCACUAUGCACAAGCAGUUCCCUCUCGAUUUUCCCGAAGGCAGCAACCUACGGUCCAAAAUAGUGAACGAACUGAAGAACGCCCUCCAUUCUGUUCAGCCUGCAUCCAAGAAGCCUGUUGGGAAGUUGCGCAGGGUGGCCGAGGCCUCGUUCAAGAUUGCGCACCUCCUGGUGAAGCACAAGAAGCCGUUUACCGAUGGCGCCUUCGUGAAGGAGGCCAUGCUUCUGGCGGCCGAGUCCCUGUUUGCCGACAGGGACGACGGAGACGAGUUGACGGAGAUGAUCAGGGGAAUGCCCCUCAGUUCGUCCACUGUGACCAGGAGGGUGGAAUCACUGGCCGAACAUCUGCGCCGGAAGCUGGAUGAAGACCUCCUGUCUUGCGAGUAUUUCUCUGUCGGGGUUGAUGAGGCAACAGACUCUGCCGAUGCCACUCUGGUGGUGGUGUUCGUCAGGAUGGCGUUUCGAAACUUUGAGGCAAGGGAGGAAAUGCUUACGUUGGUACCGGUGAAGGAAAAGUCGGCUGACGUGGAUGUCUUCGGAGAAUUUAAGAAAUACGUCGCGGACGAACGGAUUCCGAUAAAUAAAGUCGUUUCGGUGAUGGAGUGUACUCCGUCCAAAUUGGUGAAGCAUUUCGUUGAAUCCUGUGAGAGAGAUCCAGACUUUCCGCCGUUUAUUACUUACUGUUCUGUGGAGCGCCGAAAGACGCUCUAUGAAAAAAACGUGGACUUCGAACAUGUUACGAGAGUCGUUACUAAAGUGGCGAAUUAUAUACGAAGCAAGGCAUUUAAAAGGUGUGAAUUUAAAAGUCUUCUUGAUGAACUAGAUCCUAAUUGUGAAGAAAGUUCUGAUAACAGCUGGGUGAGUAAAGGAAAAGCUUUACAGAAAUUUAUAAAUAUUAUUCCAGAGAUAAAAUUAUUUUUGGACUCAAAGAAUGAACGAUAUGACGAGUUGGCCGAUAAAAUGUGGUUGUUGGAUUUGGCAUUUUUAACUGAUCUUACGCAAAAGUUAGAUGAAAUAAACAAUGAAUUACAAGAAAGAAAUAAAACUAUUACAUCUUUAAUUUAUUCAAUUAAUUCUUUCAAAGUGAAAACUAAUUUAUGGAUGUCUCAAAUGAAGAUAAACGAUUUACAGAAUUUUCAAAACAUGAGGAAUUUUAUAAGAGCUUUUGAAUGCAGCAACGAACAUUCAAAUGGCCAAGAUCAAUUCAGAAUUAAUACGUACGUUAACUAUCUGAAAAAAAUGAAAGACGAAUUUGAUAGGAUAUUCCAAGAUUUAAAGAAAAUAGAACCGAUAGUCAUGUUUGUCUCAAAUCCUUUUAUGGAUAUAAAUGUAAGUGAUUUUGCCGACAGAGUGGAAGAUUUAUUGCAUAUAGAUAAUAGUAUAUUCGAAAUGGAAGUGAUAACUUUACAAAGUGAUCUCCAUUUAAAAGCAAAAGGUAACGAUUUUGAAUUUUGGAAAUUAGUGGAUCAAAAGAAGUAUCCGUUAUUGGUCGAAAUCGCUUUAAAAGUGAAAGCAUUUUUUGGCUCUACGCAUUUCUGUGAGUCAGCUUUAACAGAAAUAAAAUUAAUAAAGUCAAAGUGCCACUCUAACGUAUCAAACAAUUUAUUAAAUAGUUGCAUUAGAGUCGGAGUCUCGAAUUAUGAACCAGAUUUUUUAAAACUGGCCGAAAGCAUGCAGUGCCAAGUGUCACAUUGAUUUGGCAUCAGGAGUUUUGUACUGUUUCUAUUUUGUCUGUUAUAUUUUUAAAUUACAAAAAAAACUACAUGUCUGUUAACAAUUUUUGUGUUUAGACAAUGUAUUUUAAACAGAACUAAAAUACAGUUUUUA